CGAUGACGCGCGGGGGCGCGGGCCGCAUGAGGCGCUGAGGCUGCCGGGCCCCGGCUCAUUUCUCCCCACCAGAGCCCCCCUGGUCGUGCGCCUUUCCCUGGGGGCAGGAUAGGAGGCCGGAGAACCCUAAGCUGGGGCGCCUGCCCAUAGAGGGGCGGGGACGGCAGCCAGUAGAGCAGUGAGAGAGCAGUCAGGGGAGCGGGCCCAAGCAGUUGGGAGAAUGAGCGGGCGCCAGCCCUGGCCCCGGAGCAGCCCCCCAGGAAUCUCAGUCAUCGCUGCCAUCUAGGGGCCGAAGGGGCCCCACUAGGCGGGAAGAGAAAGCGGAGGAGGCCGGUGGACUUCUAGGAGCCUGGCCGGAGAGCAGGAUGCAGCGCCCCAUGGAGCUGGGCGCCGCGCACUACUUCCCGGCCGAAGCAUUCCCAGACCACCGCUCCCAUCGCUACCGGAGCUUCAUGAUCGAAGAGAUCCUCACCGAUCCCCCCGACGCCAAGAGUGCUGCGCCCGCUGCAGCUGGUGAGCUACUCAAGUUCGGCGUGCAAGCAUUGCUGUCUGCGCGGCCCUUCCACAGCCACCUGGCGGUGCUGAAAGCAGAGCAAGCAGCUGUCUUCAAGUUCCCCCUAGCGCCCUUGGGCUGCUCCGGCCUGGGCUCUGCGCUGCUAGCCGCAGGCUCCGGGCUUCAAGGGGGCUCUGCCUCACCUCACCUCCCUUUGGAGCUGCACCUCCGUGGAAAGCUGGAGUCUGGCCCGGCCGAACCGGGCACCAAAGCCAAGAAGGGGCGGCGGAGCCGGACGGUUUUCACCGAACUGCAACUCAUGGGCUUGGAGAAGCGCUUCGAAAAGCAGAAGUACCUUUCCACGCCGGACAGAAUAGACCUCGCUGAAUCCUUGGGCCUGAGCCAGCUGCAGGUGAAGACUUGGUACCAGAACAGGAGGAUGAAGUGGAAGAAAAUAGUGUUACAGGGCGGUGGGCUCGAGUCCCCUACUAAACCCAAGGGGCGCCCCAAGAAAAACUCCAUUCCCACCAGCGAACAGUUGACCGAGCAGGAGCGGGCUAAGGAGGCAGAGAAGCAGACGGAGAACCUGAGCUCGCCCUGUGAAGUCAAUCAGGAGGAGUGAACUUGAUCACCAAAAUUCUUCAGCCCUGCGGCGCAACCGAAAGAAUGGACGGUCAGUGCUCGACUCUGGGACUUCUUUCUCUCAGACAAACCAAAGACUUUCCCCGGGGUCUUUCCUCCCGAGAACCGGAUUUAGCCUAGAGCACAAACUAGACAGUGCCAGGCAUUGUUCGGGCGGGGGCAAUUUUGCCACUCUCUUCCACCCUGGGAAAAGACCAAGUCUCGGCCUCCUGCUCAUUUCUCCGGACUAGGCUGAUCUUACUUGGGGCAGUAAUAAGAUGGAGAGGAGUGUCUGCUGCUGGAAAAAAAAAAAUUGUUUGUUAAUUUCUUUUCGUUGUUUCUGCAAAACGUUCCUAAUGGGAAACCCAAGGAAGCCAGAAUUAAACAAACGGGGGGAAAACACACCACCCGCCCAAGGAACAAAAGAUCCGAAUUUUAUGAUAGAGAAGACAUUUUUCCUGUUCCCUGCUGAUGGGAUAUUUAAGAUUGCGAAACCGCCCUAGCGGGUGGGGGCGCACGCGCACACUCACGGACACACAAGGUUCACACUCACUCACACUCACGCCCUUCAGGAUCGGCCACUUCCUGGAAGGACCUCUUUAAGGUACAGGCGUACUGGGGGCCUCUGUUCGGUUCUGGAGUCCUAGGUUCGGAAGGGGAGCCAGUAGCAGCCCAGAGGUAUCGGAGACCAAACCCAACCCAGAUGCCUUCUCCGACGCUCGGCCUUAUUCUGCGAAGAUAGUGACUUAUUCCAAUAAAGUAUUUUAUGACACA